UCCCCGUCUUCCUGCCUUUUGCGCUAACUUCCAGACCACCAUCACCACCUCCACACCACCGCCCCAGCUCCCCUCCCACCCCUUCCACGCUCUCCCACCCAACACCGCCUCCGCGCCUCCCGCUCGCGAAACCCUAGCCCCAGAUCCUCUCCUCGCGGCCACCGCGCCGCAUUACCCUCAGAUCCACCCCCGCGAGCUCAGCUCAGAUCCAACCAUGCGCCUCCGCGCCCCCCUCCUACUGCUGCUGCUCGCUGCAGCGGCGGCGGCAGCGUGGCCGGCCGCGGCCGCGGCGAAGCUCUCUUCGAGGAUGGUGCACCGACUGUCCGACGAGGCGCGGCUGGAGGCGGGCGCGCGUGGGGGGCGGUGGCCGCGACGCGGGAGCGGGGAGUACUACCGCGCGCUGGUCCGGAGCGACCUCCAGCGGCAGAAACUGCGGGUCGGCGGCAAGUUCCAGUUGCUCUCGCUCUCCAAGGGCGGCAGCAUCUUCUCCGGCGGCAACGAUUUCGGCUGGUUAUAUUACACUUGGGUGGAUGUUGGGACGCCAAGCACCUCCUUUCUGGUCGCAUUGGAUACUGGGAGUGACUUGUUCUGGGUGCCUUGUGAUUGUAUCCAGUGUGCUCCUUUGUCUGGCUACCGUGGAAAUUUGGAUAGAGAUCUUGGAAUUUACAAGCCAACUGAAUCAAAAACGAGUCGGCAUCUGCCCUGCAGUCAUGAGCUAUGCUUAUUGGGUUCAGGCUGUGCAAACCCAAAGCAGCCUUGCCCAUACAAUAUUAAGUACUUUUCCGGGAAUACAACCAGCUCUGGCCUGCUAAUUGAGGAUACAUUACGCUUGGAUUCCAGGGAGGGCCAUAUACCAGUGAACGCUUCGGUUGUUAUAGGCUGUGGUAGAAAGCAAAGUGGUGACUAUUUGGAUGGUAUUGCGCCGGAUGGACUUCUUGGCCUCGGAAUGGCAGAUAUAUCAGUUCCUAGCUUCCUUGCAAGAGCUGGACUGGUUCGGAAUUCCUUCUCCAUGUGCUUUAAGCAAGAUGACUCUGGGAGAAUUUUCUUUGGAGAUCAAGGAGUGUCUACUCAACAGUCUACGCCAUUCGUUCCUUUGUAUGGCAAACUUCAAACUUAUGCUGUUAACGUCGUCAAUUCUUGUAUUGGACACAAGUGUCUUGAAGGUACUAGCUUCCAGGCUUUAGUUGAUAGUGGAACAUCAUUUACUUCUCUUCCUCCCGAUGUUUACAAGGCUGUCACAAUGGAGUUUGACAAACAAAUUAAUGCUUCAAGAGUAGCUUAUGAUGACAGUACUUUGAAAUAUUGCUACAGUGCUAGUCCUCUUGAGAUGCCAGAUGUGCCAACCAUAACUGUGACAUUUGCUGCAAACAAGAGCUUCCAGGCUGUUAAUCCUAUCCUUCGGUUUAAUGACCAACAGGGAGCGCUCGCUGGGUUCUGCUUAGCUGUGCUGCCAUCAUCAGAACCUAUCGGAAUUAUUGCACAGAAUUUCAUGGUCGGGUACCAUGUAGUUUUCGACCGAGAAAACAUGAAGCUGGGCUGGUACCGGUCUGAAUGCCAUGACGUUGACAACAGCACGACUGUACCCUUAGGUCCAUCGCAGCACAACAGUCCAGAGGACCCGUUGCCGUCGAACGAGCAGCAGACUUCCCCCGCCGUGACGCCUGCAGUCGCAGGCACGGCUCCGCCCUCUAGUGGAUCGACGAAUCUGCAGGAGCUCCUUGCUAGCUCUAACCCGUUGCUGUUACUGACAAUGUCCACUGUGUUCUUCAUCUCAUGAACAACAGAUAUAAUCCUAACCGAUAGCCCUGUAUAUUGUAUGUGCUUCAUAUUUGGUGUUUUUUUUUUUUGCUCUAGAGAUUAAUAGAUCAGCUAUAUUUUGCUCAGUGCCCCUUUGCUUAGAA